GGAUAACAAGAAGGACCUAAAGGCGCCUCCCAGACAGCGUAACUUUCGAUGAAGGACAUCCGGUGGUGCUGGAAGGAGAAGGGUUACCCCAGAGCUGUUAUGGGGAACCCGAGCGGGAAACAGGCCCAGGUGGAGUCUUGGCGCCGGUUUUGUGAAGAUGCGCUUCAAAAGACGCCGUACAAUCAUUUGUGGACACUAGCUGACGACAAGACCGAGCAAGGCAUAAGGAAGCAGAAUGCUGCCCUUCGAUCUUAUUUCCCGUUUGCGAUGGCCGGGGAAACCUCGUGGAAAAUGGGAAUGGAUUUUUUCGAGAAAUGGGAGACGGGCAGACUGCUUGCACCCGAAGGGGCGAAGUGGAUCGCGAAGAAGAAGAAGGUGAAGGGCGUGAAGGCCGGUACCGGCUCCUGUGCGUUGGCAAAGCAAGGGAAGCUGGGGAUGCAAGAGGCAGUGCAUCUGGUGAAGUGCGACCACAUCUUGGUGCGGUUAUGGAACUACUACCAGUUCAAGUAUGAGAAUCGUCCCGACUCCGAUUGGACGCGUUCGUAUCCCUUCCUGCGGAAAAGAGAGGCGAUUUUGGUGCAGUUCAAAAGCCAGGGACUGGAUGCAGCAUUGUGGGACAGAAGCAGGAAGCUCGUUGGAGACUCAUCGUUGUUCAGAGACUGUCCCCCGUUCAUGGGCUGCGAGGACGACAAGUCGAUCAAGGCGAUGGAAAAACUGGUUCUCAACAAGAAGUUGUCCAUCGACUGGAAGAACAAGGUCCUUUCCGUGCUGACCGGCAGCAGGUCGAAGAGCAUGGAUGUCUCGCUCGCCGAAGGCAUGGUGCAUAUUCGGUGGCAGGACUUGGGGGAUGUGACAUCCAUCGCCCCCUUCGGCGUCGAUCCUCUGGAGGCGCAAAUGAAGGUCGUCGAGUUGGAGAAAGCGGUUGGGGUCACGAAAUGCCACGUUGCCGUUCUUGAUUUGUGCGAGCCUAUGGACAUCACACAGUGGACACAGCAAGCUUUCGAGAGUUUGAAUGCCCUUCUACAACAUUUGUUCCCUUCGCACUGGACGGUCAUUGCUUUCGUCCCCCGGGAGCACGACUACUACUUCAUGACCAGUUUGCACCAUUUGUCCGUUGUCAAGCUAAUGGCAGGAAAGUGGGUGAGGAGGCCGCAGCAGAAGAAAAGCUUCGCGGUCGGCAACAACUUGUACUCAGUAAACGACCGCAUGUACAUCCUCUUCAAAGGUGACGACUUGCGAGAGAACAUGUCUGUGGUUUACGACGCAAGGUUGGAGGCGGGUGAUGCUGCUGCUGUGGGGGCACAUGUCAAAGUCACACCGACGGACGUCUCGGAGAUGCCGUUCGAGCUUUGUGAAUGCCCCUGGUCAUACCUGGCCGUGACCGCAAAGAACAGGAUAUACGAGUUCCUCUUCUUGGAGACGCGGCCCAGAAGGGACAGCGACCCUGAGUAUAUUCGACGCAAGGAGCACAUGCUGGCGUUGCUGGACAACUACCACAGCGCCUCGCGUUUGAAUGCGAAGAACUUCCUGGACCGGCUGGAGUGUUUGUACUUUGUCGAGUUGGAGCAGGAGCUCAUGGUCGCGAGUUACAGUGCAUUGAUUGACACGGACGAAGAGGCAACGACCGGAGUCAUUUUCGACACGAAUGUUCCGGAAGAGGAUAGCGACACCGAGGAAAUCGCACUGAAUUACCUCCCUGCUCCUUUUCUUCCACCCCCGGGCUCCUCGACGGCAGGGAGUGCGGUCCCGCCGGAAGAUCCUUCUUGGAAGGAUGAGUCCAUUCACUUUGAAGGGCACGACCACACUCGUUCCAGUGAAGCGGACUGGGGUCACGACAUGAUUUGGCAUCCGGGAACGAUCCAACCUGCAAUCCGCGAAGGGGAGUGGAUCAUGGCCGUCGUGGACUCGGUUGGGCAGUGGGAGCCAUGCUCGCGCCUUCCCAAGUCCGAGUACUUGCAACUUGCAAGCAGUGGUGUGGCGGAUAAAGUGGCGUUAGAGAGCCCCCGUUUCCAGGCCACCGACCCGGCCGUCGUUAAACACGCUGAUCGUUUGUUUCUGGAGCUUCAAGACAAGGGGUGGUUGGAACUCUCGGACGAGUUUUACGACUUCGAUACGAGCCCUUGGAAGGGAAGCGUGGACUGGAAGGUCCCCCCUACGACGGGGUCGCAGGGGAGUGCGGGAGGGGGACCUCCCGGCCCUCCGGGCGGGGGAGGGGGUGGGGGAAGUGGCAAGGGGACAGGAGAGGGCGUCGCGUCACGGGGAUCGGUUGGCACUCACGACCAGGGCAGAACAUUGGAAAGCGGCGACCAGGUUGGGUUGUUGAACGUUGCUGACAAGACGACUGUCGGGGCCAGCAAAUCGGCUAAGUUCGCCGACAUCCAAACUUCUCAGAACGUGGAGCCGCCGCCUUUGGACGCUGCGAAGCCCGUCGGCGUCCGCGCUGCAUCCACCACACAUUGGUCGGCCUUCCCCUCGACAACUGAUUUUGCAGCUUCCGUUGGCACCGGGAGAGGCUCAAGUGUCGGUGUUCCGAUCACCGACGUCGAGUACAAGUCCGCCGCUAUCCCGACGAAGCCUCCUGAGGUGCACGAUGGGGAGCCCGUCCUGCGCAGCGCUACAGGAGCAGAAGUGUCGAAAACGGGUGCCAAAACGAAGUCCGCCGGAAUCCGCACUUCGGUUUCGUCCGGUGCGCCGUCCGACGACUUUCCUACGCGGCAGGGGACCGCGUCGGCUGUCGGAGACGGGCAGCCUGCAGAGUUCAAUGCACGGUUGGAUAGCGGGGCGCCGUCUGUGCUCUGUAAUUUGAACUCCGCCGGUAUCCGAACUUGCUGGGGAAGGUGGUGGAGCGGGAGGGGAGGACGAACGGCCGGAGGGUGGAGAAGAUGCUGGCUGCG